AUGUUACUCUUAGCCCGCGGCGCUUGGUCGAAUGAGUUCCACGUGUAUAUAUUGAUGCUAUUCUCCUUCAUCGCACUCGCUGCUACAGUCAGCGCCAUUGCCCUCCCAGAGGCCACUCGGAAUACACGCCAAACAUGUCGCAUAGCGACUCCUGUUGAGUUGGCUGCGGCGAGGACUGCUUUUCUCGAAGCGGAGAUCAUUCCCCAUACUCCUGCACAAUAUAGCGAAGCCAACGCAUACUUGAUUCCUGAUUUCCGACCGAAGGCUGCAUUGAGCGUUUCGUACGUCAACAAGGCGGUCGAACUUGGGAACAGUUUCUCAACGUUGGGUGAGCAACUUAUCAGGGCUCAUCCAAUGCACAUCAGAGCUGAUCCUUCCACAGAGACCAUCAACCCACCUGUGCUCAGCUUCACAGCCGAGCCUGGCUUCGAUCCCGCAGCGACGAAGUACACCCUUAUCAUGAUCGACCCGGACACUCCAAAAGUCCUGGCUCCUUUCCUCCACUGGAUCAUAUCUGACGCCCAGGCCGAGUGCGUCAAAGGCCAGAACCGUAUUCGCGUGGCGCCAUACAUGUUCCYGACUCCGCUUUCGGUUGAUCCCCAGGGCCACAAGUACACUUUCCUGGUCUACCGCCAGCCGCCAGGCUUUGUGCCACCACCAAUGCUCCAGAACCUGCCCGCUCUGCGAACACGCUUCCCACUUUUGGACUAUGUCCAGGAAAACGACCUCACAUUAAUUGCCGGUAACUUCUAUCGUGAAAGUCUGGCCAAUAUUCUUGACAUUGAAACGAAGUAA